AUGGCAUUCGAUCUCAAAAAGGUUGCCUUCGUCGUUGGUGUGUCUUUAACUGUCAUUAUUGUCGUCUGCAGUGUCCAGUACGUGUUCACUGUACGAUGGAAACAACAAAGUAACGACGUCGUUGAACCAGGACGAUUUUCAGAUCCUUCACUCAAAUUCGUCGCCAUACUAUUCCGCCAUGGAAACAGAGCGCCAGAGUUCAAAUGCAACACCGACCCACACAAGAAUACUUUUCCCGAAGGAAAACUGGAACUAACUAAAAAAGGAAAGCAAAAUAUGUACAAAAAAGGACAAAUAUUUCGACGCUUAUACAAUGGUUUCUUAAGUGAUUUAUACUUGGAAAGUGAGAUUUUAGUCAAAACUACCAACACAAGUCGGACGUUCAUGUCAGCAGCAAUGGUUUUAGCUGGAAUGUAUCCUCCAAAAGGUUAUCAAAAAUGGUCGAACUCAGAAACUGUGUGGCAACCUAUUCCUAUUUACGGCGAUUCGCCAGAUCACGGAACAUUAUUUAAUGAGCGAGGAAAAUGUCCGGCUUUUGAUUCUAUGGUCAUCAAGUUACGUAAUGAAUCAGACAACCUUACUGACAAAAAUAUAACAGCAUUAAUGUCGUAUUUGUCUGAAAAAUGCGGACAACCGAUUACUCAUAAGAAUAUAAUGAAACUUUAUGACCUAUUGAUAUGUCGGAAAGCUGAUGGUUUACCACAACUGGAAUGGAUAGAACCUUACCACAUUGAAACAAUAAAACCAAUUGUUAUAAAUGAACAAAGUUCAAAAAGGUUUUUUGAAAAUUAUGGAUUUCAGAAAAUUGUUAUAGGGCCUCUGCUAAAUGAAAUUGGUUUGAGCAUGGAAUCGAGUUCAAAUAAUUAUAAUGGAACUAGAAAAAUGCAUCUUUAUUCAGGACACGAUAUUAGUGUAGAAAUGGCAAUGAGCUUUCUAGGAAAUACUAUUAAUUUGCCCGAUUUUGGUGCUUCGUUGCAUUUCCAUUUGUAUCAUCACGACGAAAUGAAUGAACACACUAUCAAAAUGUUCUAUUACGACCGUUGGGACAAUGAAGAAGGAAAAGAAGUCUCAAUACCUAUUUGCGGUAACCCAUGUACAUUUAAGGACUUUAAAAAUCUUUUGGAAAAGAAUUUCUCCGAAGAAUGGGCAGAAGAGUGUCAAAAAUUAGAAAGCUAA